AUGGCCGGCGCCCACGCCUCGCAUCCGGAUUUCGGCCACCUCACCCUCCUUGUUUUCGAGGCCGUCAUGGAGGUCGUCUGCGUCAGCUUGCCCGGUUACAUUGUCGCUCGCCAGGGCAUGUUCGACGCAAACGCUCAGAAAUUCGUUGCAAACCUAAACGUGCAGCUUUUCACGCCCUGUCUCAUUUUCACAAAGCUUGCUUCGCAGCUCACGGCUGACAAACUUGCCGAUCUUGCUAUCAUUCCAGCCAUUUUCGUUGUACAAACCUUGAUAUCAUGGCUUGGCUCUCUUGUCGUGGCCCGACUGUUCGGGUUCAAGAAGAAGCGGCCUCAGAACUUCAUUACCGCCAUGGCUGUCUUCGGAAACUCAAACUCCCUCCCCAUCUCACUGGUCCUUUCACUUUCCAAGACAAUCUCGGGCCUACACUGGAGUCAGGUUCCUGGUGACAACGACGAGGAGGUCGGAGCUCGUGGCAUUCUGUAUCUCCUGAUCUUCCAGCAGCUCGGCCAGCUUGUCCGGUGGAGCUGGGGCUACCAGGUCCUGCUGAAACCAGCGAGCGAGUAUCCAGAUGAGGACGCUGGCAGGGCUGCCAGCCUUGAACAGGGCGACAUCGACGACGCCAGCUCCUUUGAGCGGGAGAGACUCAUCGAGGAGCGCGACUCGGAAGAUGUGUCCCGCCCUGGACCGCAAGAUUCGGAUUUCGAGUCAGGCACCAUGACGCCGAUCAACGGUGAGCAGCGUGUCGAUUCCAUUGCUUCCUCGUCCUCGAGCACCACUCACAGGAAUGCCAACGGCAAAGUCAUGCCUACUCCUGCCAAUGGCAACGUCGUCGGAAAUGGCCCGGGGAACAUGGCAGGCCACACCACUGCGGACGAGCCUCAGCCUGAGGAUAUUCCCAGCGGUUACAAGGGUUGGUGGAAGCGUUUCAGAGCCUGGGUAAGCCGCAUAGCGGCGUCUGCCUGGAGUGGUGUCUCGAGUGCGUCUCAGAAGGCUUUCCACACUCUCCCUUCUCCUGUGCAAAAGGUACUAUCUACGAUUGAAGCCGGCAUCGCCAAGUUCCUUCAUGGCCUGUGGGAGUUCAUGAACCCACCUCUCUGGGCCAUGCUUGCUGCUCUCAUCGUCGCCUCCGUUCCGCCCCUUCAGGAACUCUUCUUCAACGAAGGCACCUUUGUCAACAACUCCGUCACCCGCGCUGUCAGCCAGUCUGGCAACGUCGCCGUGCCCCUCAUCUUGGUUGUUCUGGGCGCCAACCUUGCCCGCAACACUCUGCCCAGGGAGUCGGCGCAGGACAUCGAGGACUCCAAGGACGAGAAGAAGCUGCUUUACGCCGCCCUCAUCAGCCGCAUGGUGAUCCCGACGGUCAUCAUGGCGCCGAUGCUGGCUCUCCUGGGCAAGUUUGCGCCUGUCAGCAUUAUUGGCGAUCCUAUCUUUAUGAUUGUUUGCUUCUUGCUGAGCGGCGCCCCAAGCGCGCUGCAGCUGGCCCAGAUCUGUCAGCUCAACAACGUCUACAUGGGCGCGAUGAGCACGCUUCUCUUCCAGAGCUACGUUGUCUGGAUCCUGCCCUCGACGCUUGUUCUCGUUAUGAUGGCCCUUGAAGUGGUGGAGUGGUCUACGGCUGCCGUCUAA